UUCCCUCACACUUGUGUACCACUCUUCUUACCUCCCCACACCUUAAUUUCUCUGCUUCUUUUCUCUUUCUUUUAUUUGCUUCAAUAUAUUACUAUCAAUGUCAUCAUUAUUUAUUCAUUUUAAAAUUCAGGUAUGACAGGUCCAGAAUGAGAGACUAAUCUCUUAAGAUAUAUUUAAAGGUGUGACAUCUCCAAACGGAUGGUAUUUAUAUCAUCAUUCUUAUUGCAAAUUAAACUUGCAUAUCAUCAAUUGAAAUCCCACAAUUUUUUUUUUUAUAUAAAAUAAAUGUCAAAAUCUAUGGAGCUCCCAGAUUGUGUAUAUCCUAGGCCACCAUUUACCAUUAUCCCCCCAUGUGCUCCAACACCAAAGCAUUCUCUCUAUCUAUCUAAUCUUGAUGACCAAAAAUUCCUCAGAUUCUCCAUUAAGUAUGUGUACCUCUUCAAGAAAUCUGUGAGCUUGGAUUUGUUGAAAUCUUCUCUGUCAAGAGUUUUGGUGGAUUACUACCCUUUAGCUGGGAGGUUGAUCAGGAGCAGCAUUUGUGAUUGUGAGGAUGAUCACAAGCUUGAGGUGGAUUGCAAAGGAGAAGGUGCUGUGUUUGCUGAGGCUUUCAUGGAUGCCACUGCUGAAGAAUUGCUUGAAUCUUGCAAGGUCCCAAACGAUUCAUGGAGGAAGCUCUUGUACAAGGUGGAAGCUCAGAGCUUCUUAGAUGUUCCUCCUCUUGUAAUCCAGGUGACAAGUCUCCGAUGUGGAGGAAUGAUCUUGUGCACGGCGAUCAAUCACAGCCUAUGCGACGGCAUUGGCUCGUCACAGUUUCUACACGCUUGGGCCCAUCUCACCAGAGAGCCCAACACCGAAUUGACAAUAUUACCCUUCCAUGGGCGACAUGUGUUAAAACCUCGUAACACUUCCCAGGUGCACUUCACGCACCCGCAAUACACCAGAACACACCCCUCCUCUCACGUGGACCUGCACAAGCUAAUGAUGCAGUCACAGUCGCUGGUUGCCACGUCAUUCACCUUCGGACCCUCCGAAGUGCAUUUCUUGAAGAAACAGUGUGUUCUAUCACUAAAGUGCAUCACCACCUUUGAAACCGUAGCAGCGCACACGUGGCGCGCGUGGGUUAAAUCACUAAACCUCUGCCCCAUGCAAACUGUUAAGCUUCUUUUUUCUGCCAACAUUAGAAAAAAGGUUAACCUCCCCGAGGGGUAUUAUGGGAACGGGUUCGUUCUUGCAUGUGCCGAGAGCACGGUGAAAGAUUUAGUAGUGGUUAAUAACAACAUUAGUCACGGAUUGAAAGUGGUGCAACAUGCUAAGGCUAAUUUGGACAAUGAAGGGUACAUAAGGUCGAUGGUUGAUUUGUUGGAGGACAAAACAGUGCGUGUUGAUCUUUCUACGAGUUUGGUUAUAUCGCAAUGGUCAAGGCUAGGGUUGGAGGAUGUGGAUUUUGGAGAAGGGAAACCAUUGCAUAUGGGUCCUUUAACAAGCUCUAUUUAUUGCUUGCUUUUACCGGUUGUUGGAGAUGCUAAUUCGGUGAGAGUACUUGUCUCGAUGCCGGAGAAUGUUGUGGAAACUUUUCGUUAUCACAUGGUGGUCAAAGAUGAAAAUGCCUAUCAUGAUCACAACAUGGAUUAAUCUGAAUUAUGUAUUAAGUUGAAUUUAACUAUAUGUACGUGUAAAUUAGAUUAUGAGAAUUGUAUAAUACUCUCUCCCCCUUGGAUUA